GCGAAAGGAGUAGAGAACGAGAGAAGAAACUCGCAUUCGAGGUUCGAGCUGUUCCUCACUCCUCACUGUGUAGCCGAGCGAGCGAAUCCACCCGACACACCAUUCCACCACCAAUCCGUCCUCCCCCAUUUCAUCCUGCUCUUCCCGUACUCCUCUCCGUCCCCGACCGCGCCCUCGAAUCCGCGCGGGGCGCCCCGCGCACCGGGCCCGAUUGCUCCCUCGUCGUGGUGGGCGCCGCUCCGAUCCGCCCGAUCCGCGCUGCUCCUGAGGCUCCGGCGCGCGGAGGCGAGUGGCGGGGCGGCGAUGGACUCCGAGGAUGACAUGCACGAUGCUAACGACUCCGCAGACGACGACUUCUACAGCGGCGGGGAGGCUGGGCUCGCCGCGAGCGACGACGGCGACGCUGACUACGACUUCGCUGACCACGAAUCCGACGACUCCGCCGAGCUCCUCUCCCACCGGCAGCAGCAAAAUUACUGCAUUUUGAGUGAAGCUGGUAUAAAGCAGCGCCAAGAGGAUGACAUAAAUAGGGUUUCAACUGUUCUUUCAAUUACGAAGUCACAAGCAUGUGCUCUUCUUCGCAGCUACAACUGGAGUGUUAGUAAGGUGCAUGACGAAUGGUUUGCUGAUGAAGAACGUGUUCGUAAUGUUGUGGGUUUCCCGGAGAAGUGCAUUGAAAUGCCUAAUGACAGAGAACUUACUUGUGGAAUUUGUUUCGAAAGUUGCCGUCGUGCGUCAAUGAGUGCUGCUGCAUGUGGGCAUCCGUUCUGUAGCACAUGCUGGAGAGGUUACAUUAGCACUGCUAUAAAUGAUGGUCCAGGAUGUUUGAUGUUGAGAUGCCCUGAUCCGUCCUGUGCUGCCGCAGUUGGACAAGAUAUGAUCAAUUUGCUGGCUGAUGAUGAGGAUAAGGAAAAAUAUGGGCGAUAUCUUUGCAGAUCGUACAUCGAAGAUAAUAGAAAGACAAAGUGGUGUCCUGCUCCUGGAUGUGAAUAUGCAGUAGAAUUCGUCAUGGGCAGUGGCAGCUAUGAUGUUAAUUGCAACUGUUCGCACGGAUUCUGUUGGAAUUGCACUGAGGAAGCUCAUCGUCCAGUAGACUGUGCCACUGUUUCAAAGUGGAUCCUCAAGAAUAGCGCCGAGUCUGAGAAUAUGAACUGGAUACUAGCUAAUUCAAAGCCUUGCCCUAAGUGCAAGCGCCCUAUUGAGAAAAACCAGGGAUGCAUGCACAUUACAUGCACACCUCCAUGUAAAUUUGAGUUUUGCUGGCUGUGUCUUGGUUCAUGGUCGGAACAUGGAGAGAGGACCGGUGGAUUUUAUGCGUGUAACCGUUAUGAGGCAGCAAGACAAGAAGGAGCGUAUGAUGAAUCUGAAAGAAGAAGAGAAAUGGCAAAGAACUCCCUGGAGAGAUAUACACAUUAUUAUGAACGAUGGGCAGCCAAUCAGUCAUCAAGGCACAAGGCAUUAGGAGACCUUCAGAGUCUGCAGAAUGACAAGCUUGAAAAGUUGAGUGAUAUACAAAGCCAACCUGAGUCACAGCUCAAGUUCAUCAUAGAGGCAUGGCUACAGAUUGUCGAAUGUAGGAGGGUACUGAAGUGGACAUAUGCAUAUGGUUAUUACCUCCCAGAGCAUGAACAUGCCAAAAGACAGUUCUUCGAAUAUCUGCAAGGUGAAGCGGAAUCAGGUUUGGAGCGACUGCAUCAAUGUGCAGAGAAAGAACUCCAAAUAUACCUUGAAGCAGAAUCCCCCUCAAAAGAUUUCAAUGAAUUUCGUACCAAGUUGGCUGGAUUAACUAGCGUGACUCGCAAUUAUUUUGAGAAUCUCGUCCGGGCUUUGGAGACUGGAUUAAACGACGUAGGACCUUCUACUAGCCAUAGCACAGUUAUCAAGAGUACUUCUUCCAAGAACCUUGGUGGUAAGAGCAAGAGUGGCAAGAACAGGGCAUCCAGUGCCAGCUCCAAAUCAGGCAGCUCCAGCCGGGGUGUGGAUGAUAGCAACAUUUGGACUUGUGAUCAAUGUACAUAUAUAAACCCCAGAUCUGCUAAGACCUGUCAGGCUUGUGACCACCAACAUCGAUAGCAUUAGUUAGUGUUUGUUUAAGAUCCCUAAAAAAAAGAUCCGUGCUCCGUAGGUCGGGAACCCUCUGGUCAUUCAUCAGAGGAACACAACACACGCAGAAUUGAAGCUGUUACAGAUAUGUGGGACUGAUUAAAGGAGGCCUAAGCAGAGGAGAUGUUCGUGCACCUCAUUUGUCUGUCAACUGACUGCACCUUGGCCUGGCCACAAAAUUCUCAUCCACCAUCCUAGCUCAUCGUGUAUAUAAAUUAUAAUUUGUGACUUUUGUUUCGACGAUUUAGGGUGUACUAAGAGGUGUGCUCCAGCAAUGGAAGUUUUCGUUGUAAUGAUGUUGUAUUCUUGAAAUAAUACAUUGAAUUGGUGCCAUCACGUCUGAGUUACUAACAGCA